AUGCGCACAGCGCCUAAGCCCAUCAAAUCCGAAGAUAGCAUCUCGCUAGAAAACCUGUUCGACGACCUCCAAGAUGACCCCACCUCAGAGCUUCACGAAGAUGUCAAAAAGAAGCUGCCUCAGGUCAAGAAUCCAGGUAACUGGAACUCAGAUGUCAUGGGUGGUCUCAAGCCGAAAGAUCCUAAUGCGCGAGCGACUCCUCCUAUCAACAAGAUCCCUUCCACCAUAGCCAAGGCCUUCCCAAAUGGCAAGCCGAUGUCCGAUAAGCCAGACGUUCUCAAAUGUAACCACUGCAAGCGCGCCGUGUCCAGACAUACUAUGCCAAAGCACAUCGAGGGGUGCCUGAACAAAAAGCAGGAGAAGCAGCGCAAGAAGAAGGAAGCCAAGGAUGCGCGUGAUGCGGCGGCCAGAAAGGACAAGGCUGGCGACAGUGAGGAAGAGGAUAACGACGGCGCGAAGAAGACUGCUACCAAGACUGGCUUAACUGCCAGCAAAAAGAGAAAGGCUGCAGACGAGGGCGAGGAAGGUGCGCCCACCAAGAAAAAGAAGAAGAAGGAUGAAGCAAAGGCAAAAGCUCCCAGACCUAAGGCGCCUGUCGAUGUCGAGAAGCAAUGUGGUGUUGAACUUCCACAAGGCGGCCAAUGCGCUCGCAGUUUGACUUGCAAGAGCCACAGCAUGGGAGCGAAGCGUGCAGUGCCUGGUCGAAGCGCGCCAUAUGACAAGCUGCUGCUCGAGUAUCAACGCAAGAACCAGGCCAAAUUGCAGAAAGCAGCAUUCGACGCAAACGCCCCCAACCCAGACGAUGACAACUUACCAACUGGACCCGUUGACAGCGAAGAAGAAAAGGAUGCCGUGGUUUCAGCUAUUGCACGAUGCUGGGGCGGCAAGCCGCUUUACGAGAACACACCUGUUCCUCUCCGCCGCAAGUACGAGCAGAAUCGUCUGCGAGGCAUGAUGCAGUCUGCAUUUGGAAGUCGCGGUGGAGGCGGUUUCUUUGGUUCUGGUGGUGGUGGAGGCUUCUUUGGCUCAACAGCUACGACAGCACAGGCUCCCACUGUGGAUGCGGAUGGAAUGGUGCAUGCCAGGCGAGGAAGCGUGGUCCCAGGUGCAAGGAGCAUGAUGGCUUCCGCUAUGCCGACUGCAAGUCGUAAGCCCAGCGUCGCAUCUGGUGCUUAG